ACUGACAUUUCAAUGCUAUUUAACCUCAAACUCUGUAAAUAAGGUCAUUGCCAUUUGAAAUCCAAUGUUUUCUUAACUGCGCUCCGAUGUGCCCCCGUUUGAAUGAUGAUUAGGCGUAAAAAGAAGUGGAAACGAUCGAGCUCCGUCUGAAAAUGCGCGGCUUGCGAGUGGUGCUCCUGAGUCUGGCGCUGUGUUUGCAAGUACUUUCGACCAACACCCAAAACUAUGCGAACAAUAAGGAGGGCCCCCCCAAGCCGGGCGAAGCGAUUCUCGAGUCGCCGCUUUGUUGCAACUUGACGGUGGAACAUGUGGACGUUGACUACACGUCGAAAAUCGUGGAAAAUGAGUACAUUGUCAUGUUCAAUGGCUAUUACAAGAGCCAGGCGCGAGCCACCUACAUUGAAACCGCCCUGAACAACACGGGGUUGAAGCGGUGGAAAAUUGUCGACCGUGAGAACCCGGCAAGUGAUUUUCCUAGUGAUUUUGAUGUGAUUGUGCUGGAAGACACGGAAAGUUUACAAGCAGGCUUGAAGGCCCUAAACGACCAUCCGGCUAUUAAGAGAGUGACUGCUCAGCGAAUGGUGUCGCGCACUCUAAAGUUUCUGAGCGCAAACGAGAGGGGCACCAACACUAAUUCUAAGGAGAAACUUUGGCAAAACGGCGCCAGACAUCACACUUCCAGGAAACUACUCAGAGCCGUCCCCAAGCAAAUUACCAGCGUCUUGCAGGCGGGCACUUUAUGGGCAAUGGGUAUCACCGGCAAAGGUAUCAAAGUGGCCAUUUUCGACACGGGACUCUCCAAAAGCCAUCCGCACUUCAGAAAAAUCAAGGAACGAACCAACUGGACCAAUGAAAAGACCUUUGAUGACGGUUUAGGGCAUGGAACUUUUGUGGCCGGAGUGAUUGCCUCGUCCAAGGAGUGUUUGGGCUUCGCCCCCGACUCUGAGCUGUACAUUUUCCGAGUUUUCACCAACAACCAGGUUUCCUACACUUCGUGGUUUCUGGACGCCUUCAACUAUGCCAUUAUGAAGAAGAUGAAUGUGCUCAACUUGAGCAUCGGCGGUCCCGACUUCAAGGAUCAUCCCUUUGUUGAUAAGGUGUGGGAGUUGACCGCCAAUAAGGUGAUAAUGGUGUCAGCAAUUGGUAAUGAUGGGCCCCUUUACGGCACGUUGAACAACCCGGCCGACCAGAUGGAUGUGAUCGGGGUGGGCGGCAUCAAUUUUGAGGACCAAAUCGCGAAGUUUUCCUCCAGAGGAAUGACGACAUGGGAGUUGCCGCAAGGCUACGGCCGAGUGAAGCCCGACAUUGUCACCUUCGGGUCGGCAGUUAAGGGCUCGCAUAUUAAGGGCGGCUGCAGAACGCUGUCGGGGACAAGUGUGGCGUCUCCGGUGGUGGCCGGGGCGAUAACGCUUCUGGCCAGCGGCGUGCUGCAUAGAGGCGAAGACAUCAUCAACCCUGCCAGCAUUAAGCAGGCCUUGAUGGCAUCGGCGCGCCGACUUCCUGGCGCGAACAUGUUCGAGCAGGGGCAUGGGAAGUUGGACUUGGUCAAGGCCCAUCACAUUUUGAACAGCUACAAGCCUCAGGCCAGCUUGAGCCCCAGCUACAUUGACCUGAGCGAAUGUCCGUAUAUGUGGCCGUACUGCACACAGCCCUUGUAUUAUGGCGCGGUGCCCUUAAUCGUCAACGUGACCAUCCUGAAUGGGAUGGGCGUAACCGGGCGGAUUGUGGGCAAGCCCACUUGGCACCCCUACACGCCUCAGCAAGGGCAUUUUUUGGAGGUUUCGGUGGCCUACUCGGAGGAAUUGUGGCCGUGGUCAGGCUGGCUGGGGGUUAGUCUCUCAGUCUCGCUGGAGGGCGCCAGCUAUGAGGGCAUAGCCCAAGGGCACAUCACUAUCACAGUGGAAUCGCCUCCUCAAAACGGGGAAAUUGACCCCAGAAGCAGCACGGUGGAACUUCUAGUCAG